AUGUUGCUUGGUGAUGUCGACCUUAGCCUCUCUCUCUCUCUCUCUCUCUCUCUAAAAUAUUUGAUUGAUUGAGGGUCCAUUAUAAAUAGAUAGAGACUCCAGCACUGGAAGAUGGCCGCCAUUGUUGUGUCCUUGGCUUCCUCAUUUGCCGUCUCCUCCUCUUCGUCCCCUUCUUUGCUCUUUGCUAGAUUCCGCGCUGCUUCAACUUCAAGUUUCCGGCUUUCCUUCGCCGUCUCGCCGUUCUUCAACUCGAAGAGAGGGAAGCUCAUGGCUCACACUCUCGCUCGGGCCACUCUCGGCCUCACUCAACCAGCCAACAUCGAUGUCCCCAAGAUUGCUUUUGCUGCCAAAGACAUUGAUGCGGUGGAAUGGAAAGGAGACAUACUCGCGGUUGGUGUGACCGAGAAGGACAUGGCCAAGGAUGAGAAUUCCAAGUUCCAGAACUCUAUUUUGGAAAGGCUUGAUGCACAGUUGAGUGGCCUCUUAGCUGAAGCCUCUUCGGAGGAGGAUUUUACUGGAAAAUCUGGCCAAUCAGUUGUUCUCAGGCUUCCAGGCAUUGGUUCAAAGAGGGUCGGCUUGAUUGGACUAGGCCAAUCAGCUUCUACUCCCACAGCCUUCCAAGGUCUUGGUGAAGCUGUCGCUGCUGCAGCGAAAGCUGCUCAAGCUAGUAAUGUCGGCAUUGUCCUAGCCUCAUCUGAAGGGUUAUCGGCUGAAUCGAAGCUCACCACUGCUUCAGCAAUUGCAUCUGGGACUGUGCUGGGAAUACAUGAUGACACUAGAUAUAAAUCAGAAUCCAAGAAAACAGCUCUUAAAUCUGUGGAUAUUCUUGGCCUUGGAAGUGGACCUGAACUAGAUAAAAAGCUCAAGUAUGCUGAAGAUGUAUCUUGUGGUAUAAUAUUUGGAAGAGAGCUUGUCAAUUCUCCUGCCAAUGUGCUUACCCCCGCUGUACUAGCACAUGAGGCAUUGAAGAUUGCUUCCGCAUACAGCGAUGUAAUUUCCGCAACAAUUUUGGAUGCCGAGCAAUGCAAAGAAUUGAAAAUGGGAUCUUAUCUGGGUGUUGCUGCAGCCUCUGCAAAUCCUCCUCAUUUCAUCCACUUAUGUUACAAACCUGUUGGUGGACCUGCCAAGACAAAGUUGGCUUUGGUGGGGAAAGGAUUGACUUUUGACAGUGGCGGCUACAACAUCAAGACUGGGCCUGGUUGCUCAAUUGAGCUCAUGAAAUUUGAUAUGGGAGGUUCUGCAGCAGUUCUUGGUGCAGCAAAAGCAAUUGGUCAAAUUAAACCUCCCGGAGUUGAGGUUCAUUUCAUUGUUGCUGCUUGUGAGAAUAUGAUUAGUGGAACUGGCAUGAGGCCAGGUGACAUUGUCACCGCCUCAAAUGGAAAGACAAUUGAGGUGAAUAAUACUGAUGCUGAAGGAAGACUUACACUUGCAGAUGCUUUGGUUUAUGCUUGCAACCAAGGUGUAGAGAAGAUAGUGGACUUGGCGACAUUGACUGGAGCCUGCGUUAUUGCUCUUGGGCCAUCAAUUGCUGGUGUCUUUACUCCUAGUGAUGACCUAGCAAAGGAGGUAAUUGCUGCAUCAGAACUAAGUGGGGAGAAACUGUGGAGAAUGCCAUUGGAGGAAAGUUACUGGGAAUCAAUGAAAUCAGGAAUCGCCGAUAUGGUGAACACAGGAGGCCGGCCAGGUGGUGCGAUUACAGCGGCUUUGUUCUUAAAGCAGUUUGUCGAUGAGAAGGUUCAGUGGAUGCACAUAGACAUGGCUGGUCCUGUUUGGAAUGACAAGAAAAAGGCUGCGACAGGAUUUGGCAUCUCGACUCUCGUGGAGUGGGUGUUGACAAACUCUUCUUAGACGUGCUAAGAUACACUUGCUUAGAGCUCAGUCAUCACCAAUAAGCAG